AUGACGAAGGGAUCUCGCAAGAGAGUCAAGCCCAGCCCCUCCGGCGAGGACUCGCCGACUCCAGCGCCUAGUGAUGUUCGAGAUCGUUCUGACUCCCAGUCGAGAGGGCAUAAUGCAAGCUGGUAUCCUGGGUCUUGGUCUUCCGUUGCCAGAGUCUCCAAAGCAGCCCCAGUUACCGAGGUUGCCCGUGAGAGCAUCUCGGCGGCGAGAAAUGUAGCUUCGAGCAUCACAGCCUCAUCGACCUCCUUCCUCGAUACUCCUGCUAAAACUCGACAUCCUUCCCUUCAGCUUACAAGAAAAACGGGUGCCUCAGCCAGAUCUCUCCCCGCUGAUGCUACUACAACUCGCGUCAACAUUGCAUCCGAUGGUUCAGCUUCCACUCUAAAUCUCGAGACUACAGGAGAACCCAGUGCUUCAGGAACAGUGACACCUGACAAAGAAGCGUCCGGCGAAAACGAUACUAAGCCGCCGGAGGAACCCCCUAAGGAGCGGGAGGCUACCCCUAACCCCGAUCCCAGCACAUUGCAUGCAGGACAUGCAGAGGCUCCCGAACAGUAUACUGGUAGCUGGCUCUCGUGGAUAUAUGGUCAACCCAGUACAUCUCCUGGGGUCGCGAUUGCAACAGAGCCGACAGGGCCUACAGAAGCUGCGGCCGAAUCUGAGGCAGAAGGGACAGAAGAUCAAUCUCCUGUGAAGGACACCACAGCUGGAGAGGAACGAACAGAUACUGAACCUGAACAGACGGCGGAUGUUGUAGAAGUUACACCGGCGGCGCAGAAGCGAUCCUGGCUUCAGAUGUGGUACGGUUCUAACGCGCCCAGCAAGCAGGAAGAGCCAUCAGUUUCAGAAUCCACUGUUCCCGCAAAGAAUCCUGAAACCACCGAGACUGCCGACAUCGAUAUGACACCAAAGGAUCCCCCGACUGAGGCAAGAGAGCUUAUUGAAGGAGCACAGAACCCGGUUGGAAGUACGAAAUCAUCUGGCUGGUCAUUCUGGUCCAAAGAUCCGACAAAGGACGGACACUCGGAUAAACCGCAACAAGGCGAAGCGGUUGAAGCAUCGAUUGAACCACAAGCCCCGUCCAAGCCAACCUCGCUUGAGCCAGAGCCGGAAACAAAUGUGAAGAUCACUCAAAAAGGCAGCAUCAAAGUCAAGCCCCCUAAAGACAAACGUGCUAAAGAUGGAUCUGUGUCUGCAAUGGAGAUCACUUCCAUACCCUCACCACCCGUGGAGCCUCGACCAGCCGAUACCACUGCUUCAAAGCAAUUACAGAAAAUCCUUCCUAAUCAGGUAUUACCACGGUUCGAAGAAACAUACUCAUUCGAGGAGUCACCUUCCAUUUUGCAGAGCCUAGGUCGAUUCCUCCAUUAUGGAAAAGGACCAGAGCUCAAACAUGUCAGCAGAGUAAAGGACCCGCUGCAUGUCAAACGCGCCCUGGCCAUUGGUGUUCAUGGAUAUUUCCCAGCUCCUUUUAUUCGGAGUGUACUCGGACAACCGACAGGCACGUCAAUUCGUUUCUCCAAUAUGGCGGCAGAUGCCAUUCGCAAAUACACAGAAAGCCACGGCUAUUCCUGCAAUAUUGAAAAAAUCGCCUUGGAAGGAGAAGGUCGCAUCACGGAUCGGGUAGAUCUACUUUGGAAGUUGCUCCUGAACUGGAUGGAAGAAAUUCGCAAAGCAGAUUUCAUCAUGGUUGCUUGCCACAGUCAGGGAGUUCCUGUGGCGAUCAUGCUGGUUGCGAAACUGAUCCAGUUUGGCUGCCUUGACGCUAAAAGAGUCGGGAUUUGCGCCAUGGCUGGUGUAAACCUCGGUCCCUUCCCCGAUUACAGAUCACGCUGGAUCAGCGGCUCAGCUGGAGAACUUUUCGAAUUUGCACUUCCUUUCAGCAAAGUCUCGAAAGAGUACGAGGCAGCUCUCAAAUGUGCUCUCGACUUUGGUGUCCGCAUUUCUUACAUUGGCAGUAUUGACGAUCAACUUGUUUCCCUUGAGUCAUCUCUCUUCUCACCCCUAGCGCAUCCUUAUGUUUAUCGCGCCGUGUUCGUAGAUGGCCGCGUCCAUGCCCCAAGUUUCCUCUCCCACCUAGUUGGUUUCGCCCUCAAACUCCGAAACUUGGGUAUUUCAGACCACGGUUUAAUUCGCGAGCUAAGCUCUCCACUAGCGGGCAGUCUCUACACCGGAGAAGGCCAUUCACGCCUAUACGACGACGAAGCUGUGUAUUCCAUGGCCAUCGAAUUCGCCCUAGAGACAUCCUCUGUCCCAGAUUCAACAAUAAGCAUUAAAAGAGCCAGCGGCUCCAUAACCCCAAAUCCAUACAUCCUCCCCUUUGCUAUGCGCGGUCUUCUAGAAGAAGAAUACGUGCGCCGCGAACUACACGAGGAGACGAUGGAAUUACUUCGGCAAUUUGAUGAGUGGAAACCUUCGAGUAAGGUUUUGAAAGACGUCAAGUUCCGACUUGAGGGGAUCCGGUCUAAACUGUAG